AUGGCUUCCACCAAGGCUCCCGAGCCGCCAAACGUUGCCAAAGAUGCAUCCGUGCCUGUACCAGCCAACGUCAAUAGGGGGCUGAAAAGGACACAUGCGGCAAGCAACUUUCGCAAUGGCGGCAGCGGCAGCUCCCGCGGCUGGAAACAGAAAAAGACCAAGAGAGAGCGAAACGUGACGGAGGGCUCGUCCGAGGAAGUCCUCAGACAUGAUAUCCAAGCCUUGCUCGGAUCGAGAAGGUCCACCGACAUCGACGAGGGAACCGAGUCUCUGCCCGAAGAGGGAGCCGAGAUCGAGGUCGACGUUCUCGAGCUCUCUUCUACUGGCGAUGGACUCGCCAUGCGGUCUGGUUCCAACCAGGUCUACGUCGUCCCCUUCGCCGUCCCCGGCGACACGGUGCGCGUCAGGGUCUUUCGCCACAUCCGCCACGAGAACCAGACGGUCGCCGAUUUCGUCUCCGUCACCAAGCCCUCUCCACUUCGCGACGAUGCCCGCGUCCAGUGCAAGUACUUUGCAUCCUGCGGCGGUUGCCAAUUCCAGAUGCUCGACUAUUCUGAGCAGCUAAAGCUCAAGCGGCGCGUCCUCGAGAAAGCGUACCGCAACUUUUCCAACCUCCCCGCCGAGCUCAUCCCGACCAUCGAGGAUACCAUAAGCAGCCCCUUGCAAUAUGGGUAUCGCACCAAGCUGACGCCGCACUUUGACGGCCCCCCCGGCUCCCGCGCUGGCAGGCGGAAGCAGACAAAGGCUGUCGCUUUUGAGAGCUGCCCCGACAUCGGCUUCAUGCAAAAGGGCAAGCGGAAGGUGCUCGACAUCGAGGACUGCCCCAUCGGGACCAGCGCCGUGAGACUCGGCAUGGCGCGCGAGAGGGGUAGGAUGCAGACCGAGUUCGACAAGUACCAGCGUGGCGCCACCAUCUUGCUGCGCGAACACACCACUCGAUACCCCAAGGAUAGCAACGAGAUACCCAGCCAGCUCCCUCCGCAUACGGCUAGAGGGGAGUCUGAUGACUUUGUCUACAUCAAGUCGUGCGAGACGGAUUCCAAGGCCACGACGACCGAGUACGUUGGCUCCCACACCUUCACCAACCCGGCCGGUUCCUUUUUCCAGAACAACAACUCGAUCCUACCCAAGUUCACUUCCUACAUCAAGCAGCACAUCCUACCGCCCCUCCCCCCCCCGUCCUCCACCCUGUCGCCCAUCAAGUACCUCAUCGAUGCCUACUCCGGCUCCGGCCUCUUCACCGUCACCCUCUCCUCCGUCUUUCAGCACUCGACGGGUAUCGAUAUCGCUGCCGACUCGAUCGCCUCCGCUCGCCGCAACGCUGCCCUCAACGGCCUUGGCGAGGACCGCUGCAAGUUCAUCGCCGCCGACGCGGGCGAGCUCUUCAAGAACGUCCAGUAUCCAGCCGACGAGACGGUCGUUCUGCUCGACCCUCCGCGCAAGGGCUGCGACGCCAGCUUCCUGGCGCAGCUGCGUAAGUUUGGGCCCAGAAGGGUGCUGUACGUCAGCUGCAACGUCCACACUCAAGCCAGGGACGUCGGCGUCUUGGCCUGCGGCGAUGGCGACGGCGCCAGGUACAACCUGGAAAGCUUGGUCGGCUUCGACUUCUUCCCCCAGACCGGCCAUGUCGAGGGGGUGGCGAUUCUGAAUAGGCAUGACAAUGACGGCAGCGCCGAGACCGGCCUUCCCGUUCAGCAUGAAUCUUGA